CUUCAGGAUGUUAUUGCAUGAUGACGUCAAACAAGUUGUGUUGACAGCUAGCCUGAUGCUAACCCGAUGCUAGCUAGCCUACUUGCGUCAACACAGUCUGGGCAAAUCUCCUUACCGACUCUUAUGGUUUUACAAAUCUGUUUGCCAUUUUUAUUCAUGCAGUGUCGACUACCGGUGUGAGACAUGCAGGAGAAGUAUACGGAGAUAGACCUUGUUCAGCAAAUACUCGGUUUGAAUUUAGUGCCGAGGAAGAAUGGCACAUACCGAGGAAACGACACAUCUCUCAACGACUUCUCAGAGAUGUGGUACGGAGUGUUCCUGUGGGCAGCGGUCUCCUCUCUGGUGUUCCACCUGCCCGCCGCCCUGCUGGCCAUUGCCACGCUGCGGCAGCACAAGAUUGCCCGCUUCAUGCCCAUUGCCAUCCUCCUCAUGGGCAUCGUGGGGCCGGUCUGUGGGGGGGUCCUCACCAGUGCGGCCAUAGCUGGUGUGUACAAGGCGGCGGGGAAGAGGAUGAUCUCGUUGGAGGCACUUGUUUUUGGUGUGGGACAGUCCUUCUGUGUCCUCAUCAUCUCCUUCCUCAGGGUACUCGCCACCCUUUAGCAGAGCCUGGCGCUGACCCCUGUGUCACACGGUACAGGACUAGAUACACAUGUGACCCGGGUCAUGAUGUCACUUCCUGGACGGACCAAGAGCCGUAUGGACGGAGAGAGCCGUACAUGUGCGUGUCCUGCAGCACAGGGUCUGCUGUAGGGUCACACUACACACAGCUUUUCUCUGGAUAAAUUGAGGAUGCACACCCAGGGUUAGCUGCAUUUACAGUAACGGUAAUUCCUGCAGGAUGUGAAGGCAGCACGAUGCUCCUCUCCCAGGUCAGCAGCAGGAGGACCCUCUCUUUUCUCAGGGGCCGUGUGUGUCUCAUGACUCGCCUGCACAGAGACACUAACAGACUGAUGAUGGUAAUAUGCAAGAUUCUGGCUUUUAUUUUAUUUUUUUCCUCGAGGCCUUAAUUUCUAACUUCCAAAGUGGUGUUUCUCUUCAGGGCUGUCUUUCUUUAACUCUCUCGCUGCUCCUUUUGUUCUUCCUCAUAUUGAUGUGAAUGAAUCCACUGCCUGUUAGUAAUUCCAAUGAGUGAGGAGCACCCACGACAUGUUCCCUUCAGCUAAUUUCUUUUAGAAGAGGUUUUUAUGGAAGACUUUCUUUUUUUAUUCUGUCAAGGGAAUGUCUUCAGCUUGUGUCGGUGGAUAUAUGGAAGUCUAAACAUGUCCAAAAAUGAGAAAGAGCUUUUCUUUCCUCCUCUAUGUUUUACAUGUGGUUCAUUUGGACUUAUAUUUAAAAUUGUUUCCAGGUCUUUGUAGCUUUUCAAUCUCUAUGACCAAAUAUGUUUUGCUUGUUUUUUUUUGCUUCUGCAGAACAGAGCUGUUUAACUGGCUCAUCAAAUUCCCACAGUCUUCAGUGACUGCUUUCCGUUGUUGUUGGAAACUGACCGGUGCUUUUAAAUGAUCUGCAACACGUAAUACUUUGAUUUGUAAAAAAAGCAAGAGAGGCUGUUCUUUUUGUUUCAGUCACUCUUGAAUAAUGAUUUAGACGAGCUGCUGACACACAUGUAUUAUUUGUUGAUGAAUUUUUCACAUUAAUUGACAAUGCGUUUGUUUUAAAAUCUACUUUUUAAUCUUGAUGAAAAUGUCCUUCUCUCAACAAGGUUUGGCUUCAUUUCCACAAAUGUUCAUGUUGGCACAAACACAAGCCGGACCUUUUAUAUUUAGUUCUAUGGAGUUGGAUGAAAAGUCUUCUCUUGACCAUAAACAGCUACGUGAAUCUGCUCGAGGGCAAAAAUAAAUGAGCUCACAGGAAUUCCCACGCAGUUUCACCCAGUUAAGAAUCUAGGCUUGACUAAGAAUAGACCCAAGAGAAGACGUGGGCCUAGUUUAAAAAAAACCCUGUGAAUUCACAACUUCAACUGAAGAAGAAAUACACUCCCUGUUCGUUUGUUCAUCAGAUUUAUAAAGAGUAAUGCUGUAUAAUUCUAAGCCAUGGUGAAGCGGGCUACACAAGCUGAAUUUACACCCCUGCAGCUUGUGAUACAAGGAUAUAGAAAUGUCUUUAAACAUCUAUUUGCGAAACGAUACCUGUGCCUGCUACAACUCCAUUACACCUGCCAAUCAAAACUACUUUACAGCAGCUGUACCACUGAAUGAACACAUGGACCUGUCUACCAUCGUCGAGGGGACAUAGUAUCAUUAUUUUCCAUCAGAGCGAGGAUCACUUAUUCAUUUAUAGAGCUCAUAAUGAAACAGACUUCACAGGAACAUCUGAAAGAUUAAUAACAGGGCCAAUGGUUUCAGAAUCAGAAAUACUUCGUUUAUCCCAAACUCUGAAAGUUCCAAUUUUAUCAGAAUGAUACUUACUCGUAAAUGGUGUUAUGGCAAAUCUCUUACCCUAUAGCAAUCUGACCAACAGCUAUCUGUAUGAAGGUGUACAGUGGAAGGAGAGCUGUUUCUGUGAGCGGAUUCUUGUAGAGUUUCCAUUUCUGACACUUUCUUCCUUGUUUUGCACAUUCCAAUUGGAUAUAUUUUCUCCUCAAUCUUGCUGCGCAUGCCACAAUGAUCCUAAUCAUCCCAGGAUUUGGAAGUACGCAGAAGAGAAAACUAAUCUUUUUAUCCCCUCGAAGAAUUUCUUUAACCCCUCAAACCAAAGAUUUAAUUCGCACCCUGCAUGUCACAAGCUCAUGUUGAUGUCUGUACAGUCUCUAAAGUAGGAAAGUAAUAAUGUGUAACACUGAGACUGUGAUAAGAAGACUACAGAAGCACCCAUGGGACCAAGAGUGGGACAGGAAACACUUAAUCUAAAGAUUUUAAACUACUACAUGGGGCACCUUUAUUUUGGAAUUGAGAGAAAACCCCCAACUAAAAAAAUCUUUACAACUCUGAGCAGCUCAUUGUGCUCUACUGUACAUAUUUGUGGAGGUAAAAUGAAAGCACCUCUUCAGAACGCGUGGCUGAUGCCGAAACUGAUGAACCCUUGGCCUUGCUUUUACGCUGUACAUUUUAAAGAAUGUAUUUUUUUAUGGUUGUGUAAUUUUAGCUCUUUUGUGUGCUCUGUGGUUCUGUCACAGCAGGGCAUGUUGCAGACAGCUGAUCUGAACAUUACUGUGAAACAACAUCUGGCAUCCUCAUCAGCUGGUGUUUCAAAACGUUGUAUUUCUUCAUGUUCUGCUCGUGAUAUCUCUUCAUAUGACCCCGCUAAAGACAGUCAGCUUUCAUUUAUCAUGUGAACACUAGCAUCACGUAUGAAGCUAAUCCUUUUAUGUGAACUAUUUAGAAAGUUUAUGUGCAUAUUGCAUAAACACAGAAUCCUUACCAUGGGGUUAAAGUCCCUGUACAAAGCUACUUAGAGCAGAAGGAUAAACUAAAAAGUGUUAGCCUGAGCUCAUAGAACAUCAAGUAACACUAAUGAGGGCGCAAUUUGGAAAGAACAAUAACCAGUUGUGAAUAUUUGAAUUGAUAUUAAAUGCGAUAUGACUCAUGAUAUUGGAAAAAUGGAUGAUCAACAGGUUUGAAAAGAGGAUCUAUAAAAUUCAGAAUAUCAACACAUAUUUUGCCCGUAUCAAAUGUGAUUUUGAAUAUUGCACUAGGCUGUACUGAUUUAAAUUUGAUCAACCAUUCAGCUGUAACCGUAAUAAAGCUUCAUACAGAAAAGGGAAGUCAAAUACUCAUUCAAAUGUAUGAGACAGGAGAGGAUUUAUUACAUUGAACACUGCAUUGUUCCGGAUCAGAGUACAUGUACCAACAGUACCAACACUGUGACAAUCAAACACUUCAUCAGUGUGACGCUCAGCGGCACCACGCCUCUUACAUCCAGUCAGAAACACUAAGAGCUGGGAAUGUUCAGGGACCAACGUAUAGUUUGUCAUGUCUCCAAUUCUGAUCACAACUCCCCGAUCUCACACAUGUAGUCUGAGCCCGCUAGUUUUAGCUAGGUGGACCUUAUAUAAACUAUACUGGUUUUAGGGAUCAUCAAAUUCUUAAUUUUGACUCUCUCAUGAUUUUGAUUCCUCAUGAAAUUGACUUGUAUUUUCUCUCUAUAUUUUACAUGUCUACGCCUUUUUUAUUUUUGAGGCAGAGAUUGGCUUCCAUACAUGCCCGUUAUCCCAGAAAGUGUCAUCCAGCUUCCAGACUCCUGGUUGUUAGUUGAUCUGUGAUGGACGGUGAUGUGUCUGCUGUGAUAGAGCCACUCCGUCUGCGUGGUUUGGUCCACAUUCCUGGACUGAUGAUAUUCAAUUUUUACCAGAUCAAAAGGUUUUAAAGUUGAUUUUAUGUGAGUAAAUUAAGUGCCAAUGGUUAAUAUUUUCAUGGAAUAAAAAUGUUUUGACUAUUA